AUGGACCUCGACUUCAACCUUGAACAAGUCGUGGAUCUUUUUUUUGUCUCACCUCGCCAGAGUACGAUCCGGCUGUCUUCUACAGGCCCUGGGGAGGAAUUUAUCUCGACCUGGACUUCAGUGCCGCUAUCACGAAUCGCCGUGGCCUUCAUGAUAAUCUUCUUCUGCCUUCAUGUGCUUAUUGCCGGACUUUGCUUGAUCAUCUUGAUAUUACCUUACGCUCGUCGUACUGGAGCCGACCGAUCUCAAUGGGUCUUCAGGAAGGUGUACAUUCAAGACCAAUCCGGAGGAGAAGUUCACAAAGAUCCUCUGUAUUUCGCCAAUGCUAGGGUCCUGUUGACAAUCGCCCAGCUGUUGAGCUCUGCCAGCACCCCCGCUUUUAUCUGGUUCGACAUCGGCGUCACGACACCAAAUGAACAUUCCUUGCGUCCUCAAGUCAUGCCUGCUUUCGGUUUGAUGAAUUUGGCUGAAAUUCUCGCCUACUGGAGUUUGUCGCAUUGUUUUUUGGUCACAGUCUGCUAUGGCCAAAAAACCCCAGGAGCCAAAUCCAAAGGUUUAAUCACGCAUAUCUCGCCGCGACUGAUCAACACCAUUUUCAUUUGCUUACCAAUCGCUGCGGCCGCUAUGACCAUUGUUGUUGUAACACGGGUGAUCUUGGUCACCAAUAAUGUUCAAGCCGGCAUGGUCCAGUUGUUUGCUGGAUUGGAUCGAGGGUCCUUAAUUUGGAAGCAAAUUGCAGUCAACCCUCAAUCUUCUGUGGGACUUUAUAGCCAGCUCAAUGUAAUCAAUUUGGAUUUGAAGAGGUUGGCCAUCGAGACAUCGGAUCUCAUGGAAACUUCUUUCGAACGUUUUCGGUUUGGUGAAUUUGUGUUCUUGAGCUUCUCAUCCAUAAGCUGCCCGAUUUUCGUCACCCUAUUCUACGUGCUCCUUCAAAAUUACCAACACCAAAGGCGAAGCUCAUCGAGGAGAUCGGUCCGCCCUGGAGAUUCGCUGAAGCACGAAAACACUCACAGUGACAAUGAUCCGCAUUGUCACAGUGCAGCGACGAGUAUGGGGUAUUUCGAUGCUAUAAAAACAGAUCGGCAAUUUUUUCAUCUGAACAUGAGGGCACUGGGCACGUUUCUCGCGAUGCUUAUCAACAUUAGCGUGCAUCUUAUUGCCAUUAUCAGGACGGUCGAUACCUUGGCAGUGCCCCACUGGCGAGGAAUUGUAUCGUGUCUAGCCACUGCGGGAAGUACAUUUUCGGGGAUUCCGAUUGCAUGGCAAUGCUGGAGGCUCUACGCCGAUCAAGUCCAAUCUUCAGCUCAAGCUUCAAAAAACCAUUCUUCGCAACUAGAGGAGAUCCAUCACAGCCACGUCUUCCCCGGACCUCCCGGGGAAAUGCAAUCUGAAUUUCACAUUUUUCCAAAAGAUGCCGUAGUUGGCCCAACAAAUGGAUCAUAUACUCCAGAGAAAUUUACCACUAGUUUGUAA